AUGGAUAGUGAAUAUCGUGUUAUUCUAAAUGUUGGUGGUGUACGACAUGAAACAUAUAAACAUACACUUAAAAAAAUUCCGGCUACACGUUUAAGUCGUUUAACGCAAAAUUUGGCUAAUUAUGAUCCGGUUCUUAAUGAAUACUUCUUUGAUCGUCAUCCUGGCGUUUUUGCGCUUAUUUUAAAUUAUUAUCGUACUGGUAAAUUACAUUAUCCAUUGGAUGUUUGUGGACCACUUUUUGAGGAAGAAUUAAAGUAUUGGGGUUUAGAUGCUAAUGAAGUUGAGCCAUGUUGUUGGAUGACAUACACACAACAUCGUGACACACAAGAAGUGUUGACCACUCUCGACAAACUUGACAUCGAUUUUGAUGAAAAUCGCCUAAAAGAUCCGGAAGAAGUCUAUCGGCGAUUUGGUUGGGAGGAUGAUUAUCAUAAUCAAUCACUAUCAAAAUGGCAAAAAUUAAAACCAAAAAUUUGGCAUUUAUUCGAUGAGCCUUAUUCAUCUCAUGGAGCAAAAGUAAUUGCAGUUGUAUCAGUUUUCUUUUUAAUAAUAGCAAUCAUCGUUUUUUGUCUUAAAACACAUCCCGGUUUACGGGUUGCCGAAUUGAAUGAUAUGCAAAUUAAUAUUACUUCCGGUCGUUAUUAUCGUUCUGUUGGUUUUUCAAAUAAAUAUCGUACCGGAGCAAUUGGUAUUGAUAAACUAAAUUCCAAACCACAUCCGGGUUUUUUGAUAGUUGAAGCAAUAUGUAAUGUAUGGUUUACAAUAGAAAUAUUAAUUCGAUUUAUAACUUGCCCUAGCAAAAUUAAAUAUUUUAAAACACCGGUGAAUAUAAUAGAUUUGAUAGCUACACUAACAUUUUAUUUGGAUUUACUAAUGACAACAUACGGUUCAACAGCAGAUCUCGAAUUCUUUUCAAUUAUUCGAAUUAUGCGUCUAUUCAAACUUACCCAACAUUCUAGUGGCCUCAAAAUUCUCAUGCAUACUUUCAGAGCAAGUGCUAAAGAAUUAAUGUUAUUGGUAUUUUUUCUUGUUCUUGGUAUUGUCGUAUUUGCAUCAUUGGUUUAUUAUGCAGAACGAAUUGAAGUAAAUCCUGAAAAUCAAUUUCAAAGUAUUCCAUUGGGUUUAUGGUGGGCUAUAGUGACAAUGACAACAAUUGGUUAUGGUGAUAUGACACCACAUACAUAUUUGGGACGUAUUAUUGGUUCAGUAUGUGCAGUUGCUGGUGUUCUAACUAUUGCGUUACCUGUUCCUGUAAUAGUCAGUAAUUUUGCUCUAUUUUACUCUCAUACACAAGCUCGUUCUAAAUUACCCAAAAAACGUCGUGGUGUACUAAGUAUUGAUCAGGUAAAACAACAACCGGUUAUGGCACAAAAACGUGUUCAGGUGUUACGUGAAAAACAACCGGUAAAAGAACCAUUAAUGGUAAAACACAAUGGUCCACCUGAUACAACAACAAAAUGA